GAACGGAAAACGAAAUCUGACAAUAUCUCCAAUUUUCGCUGUCAACUUCCAGAGGAAGGAUCAGCUUUCGUGACAUUCGAAAAUAAAUUGCCAUAAUCACAGCUUAUUCGAGCAUAAUCUGCCUGAUAUUCUCUCGAUAUAUGCAAUGGAAAUUGACUAAAAUGCAGAAAUUUUACAUGAAAUCCGUUAAUUGUUAUCCUAAAGCAUAUGCGAGGCAGACCGGGAAUGCAUUAUCGACAAUGAAAUAACCGGCUUUUGCAUUUAAUCCGUUAAUUUAACAACAAUAACCAGCAAAAGAACAAUAGGAGAAAAAUAUAAAAAUAUAAAACAAUAACAAAACAGACGAAGAAUAAUUCAUUCACGCUCUACAGAGUAGUUUUUCUCCUGAUUUUUUCCGUCUUUUUUUUUGUUUUUUUUUUUUUCCUCUUUUUUUUUUUACAACAUUAAUGAAGAGAAAAUUGCAGUAUUGAUAAACUAUCAUAACAAACAAGAAAAGCAAAAAAAAAAAACUAUUUUUCCCAUUUCUCUGCAUUUAUAUAUAAUUGGAAAGGAAAAGAGAGCGAGAAAAAAAGGGGGAAAAACAAAAGAAAAAAAUAUUUUUUAUGAUUACGUACGUAGCAGUAGUCCCCGUAAACGUAGCCGCAGCCGCAGCCGUAGCUGUAGUCGUAGCCGUAGCAAUAUCAAGAGCAAUAGCAACUGCAACCGAAACAGCUUAAUAUAAGACGAAGACGUGUAGUGUUGUGGUAGCUCAGGAAAAAUGACUAAAAAGUACGAGUUUGAUUGGAUUAUACCGGUGCCACCGGAACUUACUGAAGGCUGUGUUUUCGAUCGUUGGUUUGAAAAUGAAAAGGAAACCAAAGAAAAUGAUUUCGAAAAGGAUGCAAAAUUUAAAGUCGACGAAUAUGGCUUCUUUCUCUACUGGAAAAGUGACGGCAGGGAGGGUGAUGUUAUAGAACUCUGUCAAGUUAGUGACAUAAGAGCGGGCGGUGUACCGAAGGAUCAGAAGAUAUUAGACAAGGUCUGUAAAAAGAAUGGCAGUGAUUUACAAGCAUUGGAUAAACGCUCGUUAACCAUAUGCUCGAACACCGAUUACAUAAACAUAACAUAUCAUCAUGUCAUCUGUCCGGAUGCGGCAACGGCUAAGCGGUGGCAAGAGGGAUUACGUAAAAUUACUCACAAUAAUAAAGCAACUAAUGUUUGUCCCACAACCAAUCUAAUGAAACAUUGGAUGCGUCUAUGCUUUUCAGUGGAGAAGGGUGGUAAGAUACCGGUGAAGGUAAUUGCGAAAACAUUCGCCUCCGGCAAGACGGAGAAACUCGUUUACCAAUGCAUUAAAGAUGUUGGUCUGCCGGAAGAUAAAAAUGCUACCAUGACCAAAGAUCAAUUUACCUUUGACAAAUUUUACAAGCUUUAUCAUAAAGUAUGCCCCCGUAACGACAUAGAAGAACUUUUUACAACGAUAACAAAAGGUAAAUCGGAGGUUAUUGACAUGGCUCAGUUCGUGCAAUUUAUGAACGAAAAGCAACGUGAUCCACGUAUGAACGAAAUUCUGUAUCCUCUCUACGAGGAGAAGCGCUGCACAGAAAUUAUAAACGAUUAUGAAUUAAACGAGGAACUUAAAAAGAAUUGUCAACUAUCCAUGGACGGGUUUAAGCGUUAUCUAAUGUCGGAUGAGAAUGCUCCCGUGUUUUUGGAUCGUUUGGAAAUGUAUAUGGAUAUGGAUCAGCCGUUAGCGCAUUAUUACAUCAACAGUUCUCAUAAUACUUACUUAUCGGGUCGUCAGAUCGGUGGCAAGAGUUCAGUCGAAAUGUAUCGCCAAACACUAUUGGCCGGAUGCCGUUGUGUCGAGUUAGAUUGUUGGAAUGGCAAAGGUGAGGACGAAGAGCCGAUUGUUACUCACGGUCAUGCCUAUUGUACAGAAAUUUUGUAUAAAGAUUGUAUACAGGCCAUAGCUGAUUGUGCUUUUGUAGCGUCUGACUAUCCGGUGAUAUUAUCAUUUGAAAAUCAUUGCAAUCGUGCCCAGCAAUAUAAAUUAGCCAAAUACUGUGAUGACUUCUUUGGUGAUCUGCUACUAAAAGAACCUCUACCUGAUCACCCGUUGGAACCUGGAUUGCCUCUCCCACCGCCUUCAAAAUUACAGCGUAAGAUUCUUAUUAAAAAUAAACGCAUGAAACCCGAAGUGGAAAAAGUCGAGUUAGAAUUAUUUUUGAAGGGCGAGUUAAAAACCGAUGACGAGCCCGAGGAAGAUGCUAGCGCUGCGAAACCGCCAGAAGCUGCAGCUCCGCCGCCACCACCAGCCGAAGGUGCCGCUGCGGGCGAGGCUGGUGCUGAAGGAGCCCCCGCUGAAGGCGGAGAAGCCGCUGUGGCGUAUAGCGGCUCAACGACAAACGUACAUCCUUGGCUAUCGUCAAUGGUUAAUUAUGCGCAACCGAUUAAGUUUCAGGGAUUCGAUAAAGCUAUUGAGAAAAAUAUAGCUCAUAAUAUGUCUUCGUUUGCUGAAUCGGCGGGCAUGAACUAUCUGAAGCAAAGCUCUAUUGAUUUCGUCAAUUACAACAAACGUCAAAUGUCACGUAUAUACCCGAAAGGCACGCGGGCCGACUCUUCCAAUUACAUGCCCCAAGUAUUCUGGAAUGCCGGCUGCCAAAUGGUCUCGUUGAACUUCCAAACCUCCGAUUUGCCUAUGCAGCUUAAUCAGGGUAAAUUCGAAUAUAAUGGUGGCUGCGGUUAUUUGGUAAAACCAGAUUUUAUGCGCCGUUCCGAUAAAGAAUUCGAUCCCUUUGCUGAUGCCCCCGUCGACGGUGUAAUUGCGGCGCAAUGUUCGGUGAAAAUAAUAGCCGGGCAAUUUUUGUCGGAUAAAAAAGUCGGUACCUAUGUGGAGGUAGACAUGUUCGGUUUACCUUCAGACACGGUGAAGAAAGAGUUUCGUACACGUUUAGUUCCAAAUAAUGGUCUAAAUCCUGUCUAUAAUGAAGAUCCAUUUGUAUUUCGUAAAGUGGUGCUGCCAGAUUUGGCUGUCUUACGUUUCGGUGUAUAUGAAGAGAGCGGAAAAAUGAUCGGUCAACGUAUUCUCCCGCUGGAUGGUCUGCAGGCGGGCUAUCGUCACGUGUCGUUGCGUACCGAAGCCAAUUUCCCCAUGUCAUUGCCCAUGCUGUUUGUAAACAUCGAAUUGAAAAUUUAUGUACCUGAUGGUUUUGAAGACUUCAUGGCCAUGUUAUCUGAUCCUAGAGGUUUUGCAGGAGCGGCCAAACAACAGAACGAACAAAUGAAAGCUUUGGGUAUUGAAGAGCAGAGCAGCGGUGCGGCCAAAGAUGCCGGCAAAGGUAAGGAGGAGGAGAAGAAAGAACCGCCCUUAGUUUUUGAGCCCGUUACCUUAGAGUCUCUACGCAGUGAAAAGGGUUUCCAAAAAGUGGCCAAAAAGCAAAACAAAGAGUUAGAUACGCUAAAAAAGAAACAUACCAAAGAACGUUUAGGUAUACAAAAAACGCAAAACGCGGCAAUUGAUAAGCUAAUAAAAGGAAAGAGUAAAGAUGAGAUACGUAAUGAUGCGGCUAUUAAAACCGCCAUUACUGAACAAACUAAACAAUGGACUGAAAUGAUUGCCAAACACAAGAAAGAAGAAUGGGAUCUAUUGCGUCAACACGUUCAGGACUCGCAAGAAGCCAUGAAAGCCUUAAUGCUAACUGUGCAGGCGCAGCAAAUCAAGCAAUUAGAAGAGCGCCACGCCAGAGAUAUAAAGGAUCUGAACGCCAAACAAGCCAAAACCUCGGCUGAAACGGCCAAGGAGGUACAAAAUGAUAAAACUUUAAAAACCAAAAAUGAAAAAGAUCGUCGUCUCCGAGAGAAAAGGCAAAAUAACAUAAAAAGAUUUAUGGAGGAGAAGAAGCAAAUCGGUGUUAAACAAGGGCGAGCUAUGGAAAAAUUGAAAGUUGCCCACACCAAACAAGUGGAAGAGUUUAGUACCGAUGUGCAAAAGCUAUUGGAUAUGUACAAAGUGGAAGAAGAGGCCUAUAAAAUCCAAGGAAAAUCCGAAUUCUUUGCCUAGGAUUUACUUAACAAAUUGGAUGAUAAAGCGAAUGAAUAACAAUAAAUAAUGACUCUGAUUAGUCUGAAUAUAUGAAACCUUAAACCGGGGCACUCAGAGAAUAAUUUCUAUAAGAAUGAAAAAAAAAAACAACAGCCGUAAAAAGGAAAGAAUUUCAAAGCGGCCAAAAUGCAACAGUCGAAUUAUUUAAAAGUAUUAAGAGAAAGAAUUACUAUAGAAAGAGACAAAUGGAAAGGAAAAA